AUGAGCGUGUCCUUCUCUUCCGGAUUUGAUACAAAAGCGUCGUUCUUCAUCAACUGUGUUGUCACCAUAAGGGCCAUGAUGGACUGGACCCUCGACCCGAGUCCCGCUGUCUACAGUGAAGCUUUAGGCUUAGGCCAAGAAAAUAUCACCGCGCCAGACUCCUCCAAUGUGCCCAUCAUCCUUCGUUAUCCUCCCCAUAGCUUGGCCACUCUCAAACAUCCCAACAUGAAUGAUUUGAUUCAGGAAGCCGCCGUCGAGUUCCAUCUGGAUCCGAGCUCGAUAUACUUGGCCAUAGUUAUUAACCAAUGUCCGGUCAAAAUCAGUCUCUCCCUCUACCGACGAAUAGCACCCCUUAGCACGAUCCAUGUCCAGCUGAACACCCCUUGUGCUAUCUUCAGGCCGCUUGCCAGAUAUUCUGUACCCAACUCUGCCACUGACCCGCCCACAACCACCAGCUGGAACACUCCGGCCACAGGCACUCCUGCAACGACGACCACUCCUGCGACGACCACAAAUGGGACUUCCGGCGGCGGCUAUGCCGACACCAACCAAUUCCCAGCUAAUAAUAGACAAUCGGUUGUUGACCUGUUCAACUUGAACAUUGACUCCAUGGCAAUCAAUCCGCCCCAACCUACAUCCGUCAAUGACUCAUCCUCCACUAACGACAUCUCACGCACUGGCUCCUCGUCUUCUCCUGGCAGUGGGAUCGCCAGUCAGCAGCACAGCCCGAUCACCACCAUUGGCCCCGAAAGCUCUCAGCUUUCCAGAGAGAAAAACUCCGACCCGCAGCCCAUCUCAAACACGACAGGUGGAGCAGCAGCAGCAGCAACUCUGACGCCAGUGGCGGCAGUAGCACCCCCAUCCGCCAGUGGCUCGAACGACCAAUCGACCAGCAGUAACCCGUCACGGAAGAGGUUCCUGAUCCCCAGUCUGGCCAGUGCGAACACGGCCAAUCAGCACCAACGGCACUCGCUGGGGCACGAGCUGGACCCCCGUCGGUACAAGUUCCCGUUCCUGGCUAAUCGCCAAGGCUCCGCCGACUCCCCCUCGACUAGUGCCCCCAUCCCCAUCCCCAUCGCCGACUCGCCUCCGCCUACCUCCAACAACGAGUCCGACAUGUUCUCUUUCGAUUCGGGCAAUAACCCCUCCUCCUCCUCGUAG